GUCGGCCCGGCCGGCAGCAGCAUGGCGGGGGCCUGCCCGCACGGCCCCGGUCCGCACGGCCCCGGCGGGCGGCGGCGGCUGCGGGAGGACGGAGUGAGGACGCACACCUCCGCCGAGCAGAGCAAAGUGGAGGACAUUGUGCAGGAAGUGUUUGACGCCUACAAGACGAACCACCACGCCGUGCAGUUUGUCCUGCAGCGGGAGAAGCACUUCCACUACCUGAAGAGAGGCCUCCGGCAGCUGGGCGAAGCGUAUGAGUGUCUGGAUGCCAGCCGCCCCUGGCUCUGCUACUGGAUCCUGCACAGCCUGGAGCUGCUGGAGGAGCCCAUUCCCCAGUCGGUCGCCUCUGAUGUCUGCCAGUUCCUGAGCUGCUGCCAGAGUCCCCAGGGUGGCUUUGGGGGGGGCCCGGGCCAGCACCCCCACCUCGCCCCCACCUAUGCCGCUGUCAACGCGCUCUGCAUCAUCGGCACAGAAGAGGCAUAUAACGUCAUCGAUAGGCAGAAGCUGCUGGAGUACCUGCACACGCUGAAGCAGCCCGAUGGCUCCUUCCUGAUGCAUGUGGGUGGUGAGGUGGACGUCAGGAGCGCCUACUGUGCUGCUGCAGUGGCAUCGCUGACCAACAUCCUCACACCCGCGCUGUUCACCGGGACGGCCGAGUGGAUUGCCAGGUGCCAGAACUGGGAGGGUGGUAUCGGCGGGGUGCCGGGCAUGGAGGCUCACGGUGGGUACACGUUCUGCGGGCUGGCAGCUCUGGUCAUCCUGAAGAAGGAGCAUCUGCUGAACCUGCGCAGCUUGCUGCAUUGGGUGACCGGGCGGCAGAUGCACUUCGAGGGCGGUUUCCAGGGCCGCUGCAACAAGCUGGUGGAUGGCUGCUACUCCUUCUGGCAGGCGGGGCUGCUGCCCCUGCUGCACCGUGCCCUUCACGCGCAGGGUGACACGGCACUCAGCAUGUCACACUGGAUGUUCGACCAGUCGGCUCUGCAGGAGUACAUCCUGCUGUGCUGCCAGUGCCCAGCUGGGGGGCUGCUGGACAAGCCAGGAAAGUCACGGGACUUCUACCACACCUGCUACUGCCUGAGCGGGUUGGCCAUUGCCCAGCACUUUGGCAGUGGAGAUCUGCACCACGAGUUGGUCCUGGGCAUCCCCGAAAACCGCCUGCGGCCCACGCAUCCAGUCUACAACAUUGUGCCGGAAAAAGUGGUGAAGGCGGUGAUGCACUUCUUGCAGCAGCCUGUGCCCAGCCUGGAGGCUGCAGGGUAGGGGUCUGAGCUCCACCCCCAUCCGGGCAGAGUGAGGCCCUCAGGGUGCUAGCCAUACCAAAAAGGAGCCGGGGGGCCAUAAAGCAGAGCUGCCACCUGCCCUCAGGGUGAGUAAGGAGCACGGGAAGGUUCCCAGCCCUGCUGCCCCCUCCCCGAACCCAAGAAAACACAGUUACCAUGGGGAAGGAUAAAAAAUAAGUUUUGGG